UUGAAGCCCAAGAAAAAAUAGAAGCCCUCUGAUUUUUAAACACCAUCCCUCAAUUGCCCCACCCUCUCACUGUCAGCUCUCUGCAAGCGAAUAAACAGGGGACGGACGACCGACGAGGAACUGCGACCACCGUCUAGGGCUGCGACUGCACCACACCUCGGCGCCUCCAGUCCGUUCCUUCGUCUCACUCGCUCAGUCGCUCACCACGCCACAGUUCGUCAAUCGCCUAGGAAGGCCCAAUUUUUUUUAUUGCACGGGGUCUUCAUAUUCUCAGGCCCAGCCCUGCCUGUCUGCCUCACAACCCUCACUGCCUGAGUCUCUGAACGGAUGAAGAGUGAAGACUGAACGCCUCAGUAUAUGCAGAUAAUACUAGUUAAUCUGAGGUUCAUCUUCAUAUAGACACCACCGCUGGAGUUCAGUCAGUCUUAAUUGAUCCCAUUGGGAAGAAAUGGGAGUGCAAUUAGCAAGCGAGCAAGUAGUCAUGCCAGAUAUUGAGAAUGUUGACCUUUCUGACUCAGAAUUGGUAUAUCAUGUCAAGGAUGCACUCAAAUCUGCUAUCAAGGGUGACAUUGACAAGUAUUCCCAGCUUGUCGGAGUUAUGAGUCAUGAUCAACACCUAGUACCUGAAGAGGUGGCAUUACUUGUGACAUGUUUAAAGGCUUUGUCAGGAACUGUCUCUUUUAUACACAUUGUUCAUCAUCGAUCUCUUCUUUCUUCGGUAUUUAGAAUGAGCAUGUGGAACUAUGGGACUGAUGUGAUGGAUGCUCUGAUGGAACUGUUGGUAUCGUUGGCAGCAUCAAAUGGAGACUAUGUUGAUUUAUGCUUGGAAAUGCUUGUAAGCAAUUUUACACCACCCUCUACCUACCUACACUUGUUGAAUCAACCAAGGGGCCAGGCAAAAAAGGGGCAAGUUCUAGAUCAUGUGCAUUCUACGUUGAAAGAUAUUGCUGAUUUAGUACCACUCUCACCUUUGAGACUUGAGAAAAUAGUCAAGGAAAGAAUGCCUAAGAUGAACGGCCCUAAUGCCUCUAAGGAAUUUAUUGUGAUCUAUGCGGAGAACAUGCUAAGGUUGGACUGUAGCCCACUCGGUGAACUUGUUGGGAGCACUAUGCUUCUGGCAGUUGUGGACAGAAUUGUAGAAUUGGAUGUGUAUAUACCAUGGGAUUCUAUUAUGCAAGAUGAUUUUACGAAAGGAAUUUUUGAAAUUGAGCUAGAAGAUCUACAGGGGCCCAUGGAUGAUGAUCAGCAGGAUAGUUUUGAGCUUGAAAGGGAUAUUUGGAUAGACAGGUUUUUUGGAGACAGUGACAAUGCUCAGAAGUUGGAUAGUUUGAUGGUGCUCACAUUCGAGUACUUCAUAUCAUGCAACGAAAGUGGACGGCUUUGUCAGGUUUUUGAUACACUUCUUCACUCGUUUCAAAAAACUGUUAUGACUGCUUACAAGUCCAAAUUUGCCCAGUUUGUUAUGUUCUAUGCUUGUUCACUUGAUCCUGAGAUCUGCGGCAAGAGGUUUGCGAUCACACUAAUUCAUAUAUUUGAGACCGGUGUCCAUGUAGAGUUGAGAAUGAGUGCUGUUGCAUAUCUUGCUAGUUAUAUAGCACGUGCAAGGUUUUUGGACGUGCCAUUUGUUGCCGACUGUUUGGAAAGACUGGUGAAUUGGUGUUAUAGUUAUAGCAAAAGUAGGAUCAGUGAAACUCUUCCAAAUCCUAAAGCUCACAAGGUUUUUUAUGCUGGAUGUCAAGGCAUAAUGUACAUUAUUUGCUUCCGAAGAGGAUCCAUUCAUAGUUUGUUCCGUCACAAAUCUAAACUCAUGCGCAUGCAUAUAGAGGAUAUCCUGAGGCAUCGGCUAAGCCCUUUGAUGGUUUGCUUGCCGUCAAUAGUGGAAGAGUUCCUUAGGGUAGCUGAAUCCACAUGCUUAUUUAGUUUCCCUGACAAUGAUGCCCCUGUCGGUCUGCUUGAGUCUGAACUCUCGAUUGCAUUUGGUGGGAAUCAGAGGCUCGAUACAUUUUUUCCAUUUGAUCCCUGCUUGCUAAAGAAGGCCGACAGAUUCAUUAGGCCAAACUUUGUAUACUGGUCGAUGGUACGAACUGCUAGUGAUGAGGCUGAAGAAGAUGAAAGCACGAGUGAUGAAGAUGAUGUUGAAGUCUGCAUUCCUGGGAAUGCUAUAGACAUUGGUGAUGGAACAUCCAGAAGUCUUGACGGUGACAAUGGGGGUGGUCUUGAUAGCAGCCUUAGCAAGAUGUCUAUAACUCCUAAAAAUAUGUUGCUUCAUCAACGCGUUGGUGUCGAAAGGGCCGGUUUGCUGAUGCCAUCUAGAAUCCGACCUUGUCCCGAGUCUUUGUGAUCAACCCGUUGAUGUGCUUCUGUUAUGGCAAAGAGGUAGUAUUGUGCGUAUGUAAUUGUAGUUACUGAUUAUGAACUUGAAUCAGUCAUCAGUGUAUCAUUUAAUGUUAAACCUAUCAUAAAAUUAGUCCACGUGUAGUAUGCCAGUUAAAAAAUUUUGUUGCACUUGUUGACGAAGUUUCCAUUUGUGGCCGAUUUUGAUCAAAAUACAGUAAAGUUGGUCCCAGUUUGAUUUAAAGACAUUUGUCAAAGAAAGAUUUUGGCUGAU